UUCCUGCCAUCUAUCUAUCUAAACUCAGCCUAAAGAGUGUUCGAGUCUUCUUCCUUCCAUCUCUCUGUCUUCCGUCCAUUCCAUCUGCCGGUUCUCUUCCAGUUUUGGGAUUGAUUCUGACUCCCGAGAGUUGGGAAAAAGAAAAAAUGGGAUCGGUGGAUUUUGGAGAAGUAUCCCAUUAUCUUUUAGCUAAGUUUUCUGCCCUUCUUGACGAAGCAGAGAGAGAUAAAGAUGGCAGCAGAAUUUCUUGCAUCUGGCGCUUCCGAAGUGCAGAGACCCGCAUCAAAUCCAAGUACGCCAACGCUAUCAAUACUAGCAAAAUAACCACCUGUGCUAAUUCUUGUACGGAUCUUGACAUCCGGAAGUUGCUCUAUGACCUCAUUUCUGCACUGUCGGAGUGCCGCGUUUUCGCCCAGCAGCAUCGCAGGGCUGCUGCCGUGGGGGACAAGAAGGGUUUCUUGGGAUUCAAGCAUUUGUGGUUCAUUAGUCGCACGAAUCGAAAGCUGGAUGACCUAGACAAGAGGCUCAAACAAAUUUUCAGUGGAGAGAUUCCAACUGGGGCAGAUCCCGCCUCGAUUGCUGGUAAUAAGGAGGACGACGAUGAUGAUGCUUAUGAUGAUGAAGAAGCAGACUUUUCAACGGGGUCUGUAGGAUUGGAUCCGGCAGCGGAAACAGUCGAGAAAUUUAUUGUUGAGGGAUGUGAAGAUGAUACUAAUACUAUACUGAAGGGGUUUGGAAUUGUGGGGUUUGGGGGAUCAGGGAAAACCACGCUUGCCCGGAAGGUUUUCUUGAGUUUGAAAAAUAUGUUCUGGCCAAGGAUUUGGGUUUCUUUGUCUGGGACCCUUUGUGAUGCGGCGGUGAGCGUGGACUUGAGAGUGAAGAUUUUAAGGAAAAUGUUGGAGCAGGCUGGUGGUGAUGUCUCAGAAUUGUCGACUAAUGUUGGCGAUAUUCCCAAUCUCACUGAGAAGCUUUACCGUCGGUUGACAUGUAAGAGGUAUCUUAUUGUGCUGGAUGAGGUCUGGCAUGUUAAUGGUUGGUAUGGGGAUUUAUGCUCUGAGCAGCCAAAAGGCGAUGCAUCAUUCGGGGACUGCAUAUCUCAUGCCUUGCCCAAAGAUAGUGGUGGGAGAAUCAUUGUCACAACUAGGCGAAAGAGUGUUGCAACACAGAUGGUAGGUGAGGAGAACUUGAAGCCAAUUGAUACUCUGCUGGGCCAAGAGAUUGGCUGGUCAGUGUUUUCUGAAGCUGUCCGUAAAGAUGGAAGAGUUGAUGUGAAGAACAACACUCUGUUGAAGAUGGAGGAGAUAAUCCGCAAAGAAUGUGCUGGCCUUCCCUUAGUUGCCAGGGCUUUAGGAACGAUAAUUCCAGAUCAAAUGCAAAAGGUGGAUUUACCUCUAGAUGACAAGCAACAAUGGAAGGCUAUACUCAAACUAACUGAGAUGCAACGAUGGAGGUCUCGUCCAAAGGAGGAGGCCGAGGAGAUUGACAGUACUUUCAAUGUUCAGCAGGACUCGAUCAGAAAUCCUAAUUUUUAACCCCCCCCCCCUCUCCCCAUCUCUUAAGUCCCAUCCCUCUGUUGUUGGGGGCAAAAAAAUGAUGUUAAUGGCUCUAUUUACUUUGUUUCUGAAGGUUCUGAUGUUAAUGGCUCGUCUAAAGGAGGAGGCCGAGGAGCGGGAGGUCUGGGAGAAUGACAGUACGCUCGAUUUUCUGCAGGACGUGAUCAGAGAUUCUAAUUUAUAAUCCCUCUCUCCCAUCCCUUAAGUCCCAUCCCUCUGUUGUUGGGGAAAAAAUGAUGUUCAUGGCUCUAUUUACUUUGUUUCUAAUGGCACUUGAUCUUGCGAUUUAGUUGUGGUUGUGAUUUCUUAGAAGCUAGCAUACUUGUGUGUUGUGGAGCUGGAAUAGACAAAACUUUCUCGCUUUUUGUCUAUCUUGACUUGGAGAGUCCAGAUUUCGUCCAACCAUUGAUGUAAAUUCAGGCAAUUUUUCCCUUUAACCAAUGAAAUUUCUAUGUUUUUUUCUC